AGAAGUAAUACCGAGAUCCUUCGGGACCUGUCGGUGGCCUAGCGAUUAUAAAGCCCAGGUUCUGCUGCGGACUGCGAGCCAGGAGCAAGUUCAAAUCGACCCUAACCCUGAAGCCACCCCCUUUUCGUCGUCAACAUGACCGUCAUCGACGCUCUCAACACCGUCGCUUCGUCGGUGUUCGGCAACCUCGCCCCAUUCCACUUGCUCUUUUAUUCCACGCUACUCGGUACACAACUGUUCCAGACCUUUAUCAACACGAAAGUCUGCUUCGUCGCUCUUCCCCGGUCCGCCUUCACCACGCUCCAAAAACGUAUUUUCCCCAUCUACUUCUGGACACAGACGACGCUGGUUGUCUUGAGCGCCUUAACCUUCCCGCCACACGGCGUGUAUUCUUUGAUGCUCCGAAAGGGUGAUUGGAUCCCAUAUGCCGUGGCAGCGGUGACAUCGGUUAUGAACCUCGCUGUGUACGGACCGCAGACGCAAAAAGCCAUGGUCGAUUGCAUUCAUCAGGAGACGCGCGAUACACACAAGGCACGGACGAACAGCACGGACGACGGACCCUCAGCGGAGAUGAAGGUUCUUCGGCGGGCGUUUUCCAGCAAUCAUGCCAUGUCGAUUCAUUUGAAUUUACUUUCGAUUGGGGCAAUGUUGUUUCAUGGGUGGCAGUUAGCAUCUAGGCUGACCUUCAAUACGGAAUAUUAGUCUAUUGGGAGUAGGCUACUUCGGGGCCAACAGCAGAGGUAAAGUCAUGGGUAACAUUCAUGGUUCCUAUUAAUAUCAUAGGGAAAAGAACAAUGAAUGAAUAGGG